AUGGGCUUCUACAUUGCUUUGCACAGCUUCCUGGAGGCGAUGCGUGGUGAUCUGAAGACACAGGAGUAUGUGGACAUGGUACUGGCCGCUGCUACAGCCAUGACCACAUACUUGUUGACCAAGGAUCCCUUGCAGCCUAUCUACCUGCAAGAGCGGCAAGUGGCUCUGCUGCAUCGCUCGGUGAUUGCCAGGAACUCGGGUAAUGCGGCCAAUCCAUGCACCUGCCAACUGUACUACCAGUCCAUGCUGCGACAGGCGGUGAACUUUUGGCGUAGCUCCUUCAAGCCGCAGCACGUGAAACCAGGACCUUCAGGUGAUGCGGCUCACGACGCCAUGUUGGACCUCUUGGUGCAGGAGGAGAGUCCUUGCAGCAUCAUCCAGGAGAAGAGCUGGCAAUGGUUUGUCCCUCCCCAUCACGUCCUGGUCUUCCCCGAAGCCGAUCAGCUCACAGGAGUCUAUGCUUGCCUACCCAAGCGCAUCAUCACCAUGACCGUCUGCGGCCAGUAUUGGCUCUACAAGCGCGAUUUGGCAAAGGCACGUGAACAUUUUUACCAAGUCAGCAUGAUGCUCACCUUUUGCAUUGAUUGCUUCGAUGGAAGUGUUCAGCACUUUAUGGAUGGCCAGGAGAACACGCACCUCCUGAGCCUGGCGGAGCUGUUUGCGUACUUGGGCAAGGUGCAUCCGGACGCAUCCCCUUUCGUCGGCUGGAACAACUCACUUUGGUCCGCGGCUUUAAGCGCUUGGCCCCCGGAGCCGGGAGCACAGCGCUUGUUGAGACCCACAUUCCUGCAGAAUGCAGCGGUCUUGCCACCCUUUUGUUUCGCAAAUGGAACGCUCCAUCUGAGGGUUGAAGGGCUCCACGAAAGGAAGUUGAACCUCUUUGAGUUCACGGGCUCCUGGAAGCUACUCCGCGCGCAGCCUGGCGCCCGUGUUUUCGCCGCGGGCGGCCGGAAGGCGGUGCUGCUCUUUGUGGAUUCCCCUGCAUGGUCCACUCUCGGGCAUUCCAUCUAUCACCUCACUGCAGUGACCUAUGCGACCCUGGGCUUGGCCCUCGCUCACGGUGGUUUGGAAGCCAUGAAUCAGCUGCGGGGAUCUUUGCAGCUCUAUAUUUUCUUCCCCGCCUGGGAGCUUCGCGACGCCGGCUUUGAAGCAAUGCUCCCAUGGCUGGAAAUGCUGUCAGAUCGGCCGCCCCUGCUGAUGUCAGCGCAGGAGGUGAACGUUUCGGCCGUGCCAGCACCUAUGGAGGUGGCUGAUUGGACUCGUUUGCACUGCCACCCCGCAGGCUACUGGAUCUCGCGGCCCAGCGAUUUGCGCGCGGAGGAACUGGAGGGCUUCGUGCAAGUGGCUUCCAACUAUGCUUGGCCUGGCCGGUCCAAAGCAGAUUUGCUCCGCGACCUCUGGAGCCGCCCCGGCGAAUCGCAGUCCGAUCCAUGCAUGGAGGAGGAAGCCGAAAGCUGCCUGCGGGUGCUGAUCCUCCGACGCGGCUUUGUGGCAAAGGGCAAACGUGCUGUGGUGAACUUGGAGGAUGCGGUGAAAUGGAUUGCCGACACGUUUCCCAACGACGAAGCGCUUCAGAAGACGCAGGUUCGUGUGGCAGUGGUGGAGAUGGAGCGGUUCCAAACGCUAGGCGAAGAGGUGCGCGUGGCAGAGUUAACGCACCUCUUCGUGGGCACCUACGGAUCUGGGAUGUGGUGGAGCAUCUUUAUGGCUGCGGGAUCUUGCGUCAUGUGGCUGGUGCCCCACAUCCAACUCUGGUAUCACCAGGGAACAUUGAUGGACUUGUCGCGGCCUUUUUGGAGCAGCACUGGUGCCUUGGAGUACCAAGACCUGCGGCCCUUGAGGCACGUCUACGUGCGCGGGAAGCUGCCCCCAGAAGGCACCGAAGGAACCUUCUCGCUCAGUAGCCACGAGGAACGGUCGGACUUCCUGGCGUUCCAAAAGCUGGACGUCUUCCUGGAUCUCUGGCAAUUUGGCAUUGCAUUCAGCGAAGCCGUCGCUGUGUGCCUGGGCUCUUUCUUCGGAGUGACAGCACGUCACGGCAGCCAUUUGGCCCUGAACCGAAAUCAUGCAUGCUCACAAGACAGCUCAUGA